UUCUACUACCAGCUGAUGGCUUGUUGUGCCUCGGGCUUGUUUGGACUUGCAACCGCAGCAUCACCCUCCACUACACAGACUUGCAGACGCAGCAGCCUCUAGAGUGAAAGAUAUCGAGAGACAGAGGGGGGGAAAGGAGACACAGACAGAGAAAGAGAGCAGUGUCACAGGAGAGAGGAGGGAUCGUCCGUCCCAGCAGCAGAGGGAUCCACCUGUCCCGCAGAGGAAGCCCCCCCCCCCCCUCCCCCCCACCUGAUCCAUCUGGUCGCAGGGGGGGACCCUGCGUGGCCGGGAAGGCAACAGGGACUAUGCGUCAGGGACUGGUGGUACUGGCAAUGGUCUUCCUCAGCUCCAUGGGUCACAGCGAUUCUCUCAAGCUCCACAAGGCAAGAAGGCAGAGACGGGUUAGUACUGAGGGGCCACCAUCUUGCCCCAAAGGCUGUGAAAGAUGCUCUGAGUAUAAUGGCUGCAUUAAAUGCAAGCCCAAGCUCUUCAUCUUCUUGGAGCGCAAUGACAUCCGUCAGAUAGGCGUCUGCCUCGCCUCCUGCCCCAUGGGAUACUUUGGCAUGAGGAACCCAGAAGGCAACAACAGAUGCACCCAAUGUAAAAUAGACAACUGUGAAGCGUGUUUUAAUCGCAAUUUUUGCACAAAAUGUAAGGAGGGCAUGUAUUCACACAGUGGACGAUGUUAUGUCAGCUGCCCUCCAGACCAGCACACCGCCAAUGAGACCAUGGAGUGUAUCGGUCAGCGUACUGCAGAAUGCGAACUUGGCGAGUGGAGCCAAUGGGGUUCCUGUAUGAAGAAGAACAAAACAUGUGGAUUUAAGAAAGGCUCACAGUCUCGGUUUCGCGGGCCCCUUCCACAGGUCCACAGCUCAGACACCUCCCAGGCCUUUGCACCCCCACAGACCUGUGCUCCACAGACAGAGAGAAGGAAGUGUGUUGUGACCAAGGCGCCCUGUGUGAGAGAGAGGAAGACUAAGGGAGACCGACAAGAUGAUCCUAACAGGAGGGACAGUGCACACGGGCGAGGACGAGACGGCAAAGAUGGCAGUAGAGGUGGAGGUGGAGGUGGAGGUGGAGGAGGAGGAGGUGGAGGAGGAGGUGGAGAAGGGAAGAGGAGAAAAAGUCAGAGCAGGACCACCACUGUUUCCAGCAUCACAACCAGCUCUGUCUCCUAAACUCCAUCAUCUGCUGGAUGGGGCUGAGAGAAAAACAGACAUGCCUCACCCAGCAGCAUCUGCCAUAGGCAAAUAUCAAAGUGAUGAAGGAAUGGAUAAAUGCUGCUAUGCAUUGUUGAAGAUGCAAAGAGAACUGGAGGAUUGCUGCAACGCAAAAGGCUCCUCCGAGCUUUUUGAAUAGAUGAACAUAUCUGGAAGAUACUGGUGUCUUAGUGAUACUCAGAAAGACUUGUUGAUUUUCAUUCCACUGUGAGGGAUCACUGUUGGACUGCAAAGCCACAUUGAAGAUUGUGCUUCGACACAGUUCGUGUAAUGAACCGACCUAUGUCAUUUCUUGAACUAAGAACAGAUUCCUGUUUCAAAUGCAGCAUUAAAGCUGGAUGUCUGAUAAUGAAUGAAGGCUCUCUUCAGUCUCCUCUGGUCUAUGAUGUAUUUUGUUCCAGUGCGAUUGAAAUCACAAUCUGUUCUUCAUUUGUUUUCAUGUUUGUGAGAGGUGGCAGAUGGAUUUUCUCAACAGCCGCUGUAUGUUAUGUAAAGACAAUGAAUAGUAUUAAGUCUUUGUACCUUUAUAUCAUAUUGUGAGAUGAAACAAAGAGAAAGGCACUGGAAAUCAUUUGUGGUUGUUGAGGAAAGAAGGUCUUCGAUAUAUUAUUUUGACGAGGGGAUCUAUUACAAAACAAGCCUAAGAGAAGAGGUAGAGGAGGAUUACUGGGUGCUCAGCUCAUAUCCUCCUCUGGUGUCUUGACACAAACUUUUGCCAUUUGAUAGCUUAGUUGUUUGUUUCAAAUUAAACAUUGGUGUUUGUAUCAGAAAAUAGCUCUGCACAGAAAAUGAGGAAUAAAAACAUGAGUAUUUG